AUGGCAUCUCACGUUGUCGUGAUCGAUAUCACCGCUCGACGGACAACGAUCAAGACUACUCCCAACAAACCAUUGAGUGAAGUGCUAGAAGAGGCGUGCGGCAAGCUGGGAGUGAACGCCGCUCAGUAUGGACUGAAACACAUUAACAAGAAUGUCGACCUUUCCAGGACGAUACGGCUGUCUGGACUGUCAUCAGGUGCCAAACUCGAACUCGUACAACUCUCCAAAUCCGCAGGUGUGGUCUCGAUAGCCUUACAGUUACCUGAAUCAGAAGCGAGAGGGUUACCCAAUGCCAGACUUACCGACAAGUUCCCCAGUACCACAACGUUAUGGCUAGUGCUCCGGAAGUUCGAAGCUGGAGUGGCAGGACAAGCGGGAGGCUCUCGUAACUUUACGGCCAGAGGGGUGCCGUCAACCUCCCAAGGCGAUUCAGGAGCAGGGAGAUUAUACUAUGAACAGCCGGUCAUACAAGUACUGAACAGAGAGUUGUCAUCACUCACGGAUCUACAAAAGUCAUUGGCACAAUUGGGUCUGAACAGCGGCACGGCACUGUUACGGCUGAGUUUCCGAGCUACGGAAACACCGCUUGAAGAGGCUAUGGGUCAGAUACAAAAAUAUUUUGAUUCUGUCGAAGGACCGGCCGGUUCUGUACCACAGCAACAGCAAGCGCCAGCGUCGAGUGACCCAUCGACUUCGGCACAACAAUCUGUGGAGACAGCGAAGUCCGAAUCCACAGAAGAAGCUCCUCAACCAGAUUUACAGUCCGAAUCCCAAACCACAACCUCACAACCGGAGCCCGUACCGUCAACAACAAGUCGGCCAGUCUCCGUGUACCGGCCACCAAGCUCAACCACGCCAUCAGCUGCACUUAGGCCAUAUAACGAGGCAGAUUACACACCUACUGUUGAACAUGCACAGAUUCACCAGAAACUCCUCCAACAGCAUGGCAGAAAUACCAGGUUACCCACCGACGCCGAGAUGGCUGCAAAAGAACAGGAAGACGCAGCGAAAUGGGCGGCAGUGCAGGAGGUGGAGAUCAAAAUCAGGUUUCCCGAUCAAAGUGCAGUGAGCGCCAAGUUUGGACAAUCAGACACGGGAGCGGCUCUAUACAACUUCGUCAGAGAGUGUUUAGAAGAGAGGUGGCGCUCAGACAUUUUCCUGCUGAGGAACCCUGGCAUAAGGGGAAAGAACGAAGUUGUUCCGGAUGACGAAAGCAAGAGGUUGAUCAGAGAUAUCCAGCUCAAGGGUCGAGUACUUGUUGUCUUCGGCUGGGAUGAUAACAAAGCCAGCAUCGAGGCCAGAAGGACAAAGUCUGUUCUCAGGGAAGAGCUCCGGGAGCAAGCUCAGGAUGUGAGAGUUCAGGACACUCCGGCUGCUGAAGAAGAUCGGGAACCAGGCGUGAAAGUCAAUCUCGGCAAGCAGGAGAGCAAGAAUGAGGGAGGAGGAGACAAGAAGAAGAUGCCGAAAUGGUUGAAAGGAUUCGGUAAGAAAUAG